UGUAAAUUUUCGCCUUUAGCACAGUACAAAGAGCACCGAGCCAUCGAGUGUUCAAACAGUCUUAGAGGAGGAUGAUGAUGAGGCUCCACCGCCAGCCAUUGCACCACGGCCAGAUUGCACCAAGUCGGUUUACACGCGGUCUGUGAUUGAUCCAAUUCCACCUCCUGCCAGCAGAGAACCAGAUGGCGAUGGCACUUCAAAAGGGCUGGACAAAACAAAAAAGAAGGCAAAGAUGACAGAUGACGAGAUUAUGGAAAAACUGAGGAGUAUUGUGAGUGUUGGAGAUCCAAAGAAAAAAUACACCAGAUUUGAGAAAAUCGGGCAGGGUGCUUCAGGGACAGUAUUCACGGCCAUUGAUGUAGCAACAGGACAGGAGGUGGCAGUAAAACAGAUCAACCUACAGAAACAGCCAAAGAAAGAGCUAAUUAUCAAUGAGAUUCUAGUAAUGAAGGAACUGAAGAACAGCAACAUUGUCAAUUUCCUGGACAGUUACUUGGUGGGUGAUGAGUUGUGCGUUGUGAUGGAAUAUCUGGCUGGCGGUUCACUGACUGAUGUUGUUACGGAAACUUGUAUGGAUGAAGCACAGAUUGCUGCAGUAUGCAGGGAGUGCUUACAAGCGUUGGAAUUCCUGCACGCAAACCAGGUCAUUCAUCGAGACAUCAAGAGCGAUAAUGUGCUACUGGGCAUGGAUGGAUCUGUAAAACUCACUGACUUUGGGUUCUGUGCCCAGAUCACACCAGAGCAGAGCAAACGCAGCACCAUGGUGGGCACACCUUACUGGAUGGCACCCGAAGUGGUCACCAGGAAAGCCUAUGGCCCCAAGGUUGAUAUCUGGUCAUUGGGGAUCAUGGCCAUUGAGAUGGUGGAAGGCGAGCCCCCUUACCUAAAUGAGAAUCCACUGAGGGCCUUGUAUCUGAUUGCCACUAAUGGCACUCCAGAGCUGCAGAAUCCAGAGAAGCUAUCCUCAAUCUUCCGUGACUUUCUCAACCGCUGUUUGGAGAUGGAUGUGGAAAAACGAGGGUCUGGGAAGGAGUUGCUACAGCAUCCGUUCCUGAAGCUGGCCAAGCCUUUGUCUAGUUUGACACCGCUGAUUCUGGCAGCCAAAGAUGCAAUGAAGAGUAAUCGCUAGGGUCUCCUUCUCUUUACCCCUUGACUCUUUUCUUCCCCUGCCCCACCCCCCUCCUCCCCCAUCUCUCCACAAAUUGGAAUCAAGUAUCAUGGUCUGCGUUGAUAUGGCAGAGUAACUGCGGAAUACCAUAUGGGGCAAUUUCUUGUCCCUGUCACCGGCCAACCGUGCAAGCAAGGUUGAUGCUGCUUUUAUGUAUUUUUCAAGAAAACGUGAUUCAUCUUCUCUCCCUCUACACUUCAGUACUUGAAUAGCAGAUCAAAAGACAAACUUGCUGCCUCUUCUGUGGAAUCUGGACUCUUCCCUCGGAUGCCGUUUCCUCUGCCAGUUGCUUGUCUCUUCUUAUGGACAUUAUGUACUGUACUGGGUGAGCGGGGCUGUGGGAUGUUUGCUUGAUGCCUCUUUUUUUUUUGUAUAUUAUGUAACUGUGGCGGAUUGCGUUGUUAGAAUUCAGGAGAGAAGUAGCUGUCCUUUUUUUUUUAAAAGAAAUGUACUUUUUAUUGUUUGUACUAACAGUCUGGAGUUCUGACUGGUUACUUGCAAUGGCAGGCUCUGGGAUAAUGAGACUGCAGCCUCAUCCACAUUUGUGAUCAGUGUGAUUCUUUUUUUUUUGUUGUUGUUAGCCUUUGAGUGAAUUGCCUUGAUGACUGGUGUGCACCUUCAAAGGAGCAGUAAGAGCUUAUUGAUUAUUUGUUGUGUUUUUUUAAAUUACUGUGGCUUAAAUUGCCCAGGAGUGUUGCUAGAUUCAGGAUUCAGACUUGUAUUAAGACACACUCGACCCAAUUCAUGAUAACGUUGUGAUUUGUUUUGCAAUGGGAACUUCUCCGUCGGCUCCCUGUUUUUGUGUUGUAGUCACAACAGUGCAUUCCCAUUCUCACUUAAAAUGCAUUGUUGAGAUAACAAGGUGUAGAGCUGGAUGAACACAGCAGGCCAAGCAGCAUCAUAGGAGCAGGAAGGCUGACGUUUCCGGCCUAGACCCUUCACCAUCUAGGCCCGAAACGUCAGCCUUGCUGCUUGGCCUGCUGUGUUCAUCCAGCUCUGUACGUUGUUAUCUCAGAUUCUCCAGCAUCUGCAGUUCCUACUAUAUCUAAAAUGCAUUGUUAACUGCUUCACUGAAUCCCAAGUUUCCAGUAAGGUUUCUUCUAAUAAAAUGAGUUGAGUGUUUAGUGUGUGAACUGGCUUGUACACCCUGAGCAGAGUUUUCAGGCAGUAUAACGAAAGAACAGUAUUUUCAUCAGGUAUGCAGGUGCUAAUCAGAAUGGCACAAUCCCAUGACCUUCAGUACUUGAGAAAUGUAUUUAUUUUCAUCACAAAGUUUAUUAGCAUGGAUGUUAGAAAGUGCUGUCUACUUAGAAUCACUGUGUCAAUUCUUCAUGUCUUUGUAGAGUGCAUCCUCUGUGAAUGAGUCAACGGUAUCACCAUACCUAAUCUGUGUAGCAUCUGAUAUCUACACCCUACAUUGGCUAUACUCCACACUUCCACUUCUGUGCCCAUACCUGAACCACUCUGCAUUGCAUCCAACCUACACACGUAGUUGUGCAUUGCAAACCUAUCACUGCACUACACCCUAAGCCACACUGCAGUCACCACGUCAUAUGGUGUUUGUGCACAAUGGCACAAAAAUGAAGUGUAACACUGGGGUACGUGUGGGUAGUAGUAGAUAGUUGGGCACAAAGUGACAGUGUCCACUCACUUGGUUUGAGACUUCUGAACUUGGCCACAAUAAGGUAAUACCUCAGCUGGGGCGAGUGAUACGAGGUGUGCCUGUGAUGUUGCUCUUCCACCUGAGCUUGUGUAGCCGCUGCCUUUUCUGUGUGCACUGCCGUAACCUCAACUGUUCAAUACAUUGUGACAACUGCCAAAUGGAAAGAACCCAACUCACCUAAUGAAUCCAAAGCAGCAUGACUGGUGAAUUCUGUGGCUUGUUACUACAGUAUUAAAAGAAGAAAGUCUAACAAAAGGCUAAACAUUUCUGAAAGUGCCUAACAGUAGAGUCUGAUACAAUUGGGGAUUUGAGGUUUUGGACUCUCUCUUUUUUUCUAAUUAAUACUAAAAAUAAAAUUUUUAGAAAAACA